UCCAGGAAAGGCGAAUGGGCUGACUCUUGGGGGUAGGGGGCUACAGUUCUGCAGACAGAGGAGCAACAUGCACAGUCAGAGUAGUAUGUGGAGAGCAGGUCUCACGGUGGUGACCCUGUGUGCCACCCUAACGGUGGCCCAGUUUCCCCGGGAAUGCGUUACCCCAGAGGGGCUGCGAAGCGGCCAGUGCUGCCCAUCUCCUACGGGGGUGGCAGGGGACGAGUGUGGCUCCAGCACAGAAAGGGGGCGCUGUGUGGCCAUCGCAGCGGACAACCGGCGCCACGGACCCCAGUACCCUUAUGCUGGGCGUGAUGACAGGGAGAGGUGGCCACUGAGAUUUUUCAACCGCACUUGCGAGUGUAAUGGGAAUUUCAGUGGCUACAACUGUGGGCGAUGCCGACAUGGGCUGGCUGGACCAAACUGUGAUCAGAGGAUCUCAGUGGUGAGGAGGAAUAUCAUGCAGAUGAGCACAGCUCAGAAGCAGGCAUUUGUGAACGCUCUGGACCAAGCUAAGAAGACUGUCCACCCUGACCUAGUCAUCUGUACAAGACGGUACCAGGAGGUGUUUGGGCCUGAUGAUAACACCACGCAGUUUGAGAACAUCACCAUUUAUAACUACUUUGUUUGGAGCCAUUACUACUCCGUCGGUAAAACCUACCUGGGGCCAGGCCAGACCAGCUUUGGAGGCAUAGACUUCUCCCACGAGGGCCCGGGGUUUGUCACCUGGCACCGUUUUCAUCUGCUGCAACUGGAGAGAGACAUGCAGGACAUGCUGGGCGACCCCUCUUUCGCCCUCCCCUACUGGAACUUUGCUGUCGGAGGUAGCAGGUGUGACAUCUGCACCGAUGACCUGCUGGGUGCCAGAAGCACCUUCGACAUGAACUCCAUCAGCCCCAACUCUGUGUUCUCCCAGUGGAGGGUCAUCUGCGAGCGUGUUGACGACUACGACACUUUGGGCACCAUCUGCAACAGCACAGAGACCAGCCCCAUCAGGAGGAACCCAGCAGGCAAUGUGGCGCGGCCCAUGGUUCAGAGGCUGCCAGAGCCUCAGGAUGUGUUGGACUGCCUGGAGCUCAGCACCUUUGACACUCCUCCUUACUACUCCACCUCCUCCGAGAGCUUCAGGAACACCAUUGAAGGCUACAGUGCCCCCCAGGGGGCAUACGACCCGGUGAUCCGCAGCCUCCACAACCUGGCCCACCUCUUCCUCAAUGGGACGGGUGGACAGACUCACCUCUCACCCAAUGAUCCCAUCUUUGUCCUUCUGCACACCUUCACUGAUGCAAUCUUUGACGAGUGGCUCCGCAGACAUCAGCCAGGUGAAAUAGUGUACCCUGAGGAGAACGCUCCUAUCGGGCACAACCGCAGGUUCAACAUGGUUCCUUUCUGGCCCCCUGUCACCAAUGCUGAGAUGUUUGUCUCUGCUCCUGAAAACCUGGGAUACUCCUACGAGGUCCAGUGGCCAGCUCGUACCUACACCCUGUCUGAGAUCAUCACCAUAGCCAUUGUUGCAGCAGUACUGGUAAUAGCAGUGUUGGGUGGCGCCAUCGCCUGUGCUGUGCGUGCUCAUUCCUACCACUCAGCUGAGGCGCUGGAGCCGCUGCUCAGAGAGGCUUUUCGAUGCUACUCUGAAGACGACCAGAGGUUGGACAAAUCACUGUCUGCUGUCUAAAGCCAU